AUUUGAAUUAUAGCAUUAUUCUUUUUAUAGGUUAAGAGACCAGAAUGGAAACAUUAUGUUUACUUGUCGAUUAAUACACAGUGUACGCGUUAUGACAUCAGUUGUUCAUGUGUUCUAUCAUGACAAAAUGGCUGCAGUUGCGCAUGUUAUCGGUUCUGAUCAACUUCCAUUAGGAACACAGGUAGGACCGGAAAGUAUUUGGUUGGACCCAGGUUCUGGUGAAAGAGCGAUUGUUAUCAAAACUGAAGAGGGAGAUUCCCUGAUUCUUGUGGGGAAGUGGGACGGAUUUAUCAAGGGGAUUCCUGGAAGCCGUGGCAAAAGAGGAGUUAAGGGUAAUCCAGGGCAUCUGCAAGUAAAAGUUUUUAGAGUGGAUCAUAAAGGUCCUCUCCAAAAGCAAGUAAUAAAUCUUUCACAAUACCAACCAGUAGAGUUUGAGGGACUUAAGUUAGAUUUCACUAAAGGCUUAAUAACUUGCAGCAGGAUAGCUGCAGGACAAGUUCUGAACUAUGUUGCCCUGUCAUUUUCCAUUGCUCUUCUACACGUAUUAUGUGUGCCUCGUCCUUCCGACUGGAAACCUGGAAUGUCUCUAAAACCAAAAGUAACAUCAAGAGGAAGACGAAAAAUUGAAAGAUUUCCAGAUGAAGAUAUGUCAUUCAUGCUAGCAGCCGGUCUUCUAUAUCUAACACCCUCAAAUCACUACAUGUAUCAUACAUAUGGUGCUAAUGUAUGUGCCGGUUGUGGUUCUGGGGGCAUCGUUUCUGAUAAUACUGGUGUAGGAUUUGAGCAAGGGCAAUGUGUUAUUGAUUCAGAUGGAGGUGAUUUUGGUGGUGGUGGCGAUUUUGGUGGUGGUGCAGGUGAUGGAGGUGGUGGCUGCGGAGGCUGUGGUGGUUGCGGAGGCUGUGGUGGUGGAGGAGGAUGUGGUGGAGGUGGAGGAGCCGGAUGUGGUGGUGGAGGAGGAUGUGGUGGAGGAGGUGGAUGUGGUGGCGGUGGUGGAUGUGGUGGCGGUGGAUGUGGUGGAGGUGGUGGAUGCGGUGGAGGCGGAUGUGGUGGUGGAUGUGGUGGAUAG